AACAGAGUAACAGACUGGUCAAAAUUUAAUCAAACAUUUAUAUUCUCUUCUCAUCAAAAUUUCUAUCGUCUCCAUCUCUCUGAAACCCUAAUCUCCAUGGGAGAUUCCAUGCCUCCGCAUCGCAUUUCCGUCCAUCAAGCUCUCGGCGGCGGCGCCGUUGCUGAUGUGCUGCUGUGGAGGCAAUGGGGUGCAACAGUCGUAGUGCUGACCUCAUCAACAGCGGCGUGGAUCCUAUUCGAGCGAGCUGGUUACAAUCUCUUGUCCUUUGGCGCCAAUGUUCUACUGCUUCUUGUGGUUAUUCUCUUCUUCUGGGCCAAAUCUGCUUCACUUCUCAAUAGACCAUUGCCUCCUCUUCCUGAUAUGGAAAUAUCCGAGGCAUCUGUCGUGAAGGUUGCUGAUGCAAUGCAUUUUUGGAUUAAUCGUGGACUGUCUGUUGCGCGAGACAUUGCUAUUGGCAGGAAUUUGAAGCUCUUUCUUCAGGUUUCUGUUUUGUUGUGGGUAGCAUCUUACAUCGGAAGUCUCUUCAACUUCCUCACUCUAGCCUAUGUUGGGGUUCUAAUCAGUCUUUCAGUGCCCGUGUUGUAUGAUAAGUUUCAGCACCACAUUGAUGAUAAGCUGUCCAUAGCACAUAGAACAAUACAAACACAGUACAGGAAACUUGAUGAGAGCAUCCUAAGGAAGUUACCUAUGCAAUCAAACAAGCAGAAGAAGGUCCAGUAGGGUAUCAUGGAGCUCAGAGAAGUGUGAUAAUAGCCUUAGACAUGGUUUUCGAUGGUUUUCAACAUGAGGGUUUCUUAGACAUGGUUUUGAAUGGUUUUCAACAUGAGGGUUUCUUUUGGUUGGCAUGCUGUUGCUAUACAUAUUGACAGCCAGACAGCAUGGCUGACAACAUUUGAAUGGAUCCCAUUAUCUUCUACGUUUGAGUUUCAGCGUUGCAUUGUUCCCACUGUGACCUUAUAAUCUUGUUAAAUUUUUGGUCAGUAGUUAUUGAAUUGUUGGAUCCUGAUUCCUGCCGGAUGUACUUUACAGGAUGGGAUGAAAGAGUAGGAAACUUUUAUCAUUCGAAUGCAAUAUAGAAAGUAAACUCUUUUUUGCUAUACUUCAGAUUUCAGUGUACUUUUUCCUUUUUUGAAAGUAAAGUUCAUUGAAUCAAUUAAUGAUU